AUGGAACUCCGGUUUUUUUAGAAGAUACCAAUAAUUUGAAGCUUUAUAUAAGAACGCAAGUAAUUAAAGGUUGGCACGAUCACGCGUUUAAUCAGUAUGUGAGUGAUAUGAUAUCCUUAAAUCGAAAACUACCAGAUGUAAGGGAUGCUUGGUGCAAGAAAGAGAAAUACUCCCAAAAUUUGCCGGCAGCGUCCAUCAUCAUAUGCUUCCACAACGAAGCGUGGUCAACAUUAAUCAGAACUGUGCAUUCGGUACUAAACAGGAGUCCUCGUGAACUGAUCAAAGAAAUAAUACUAUUCGAUGAUUAUUCCACAAUGAAACACCUCAAGUCUAAUUUAGAAGACUACAUCAGAAAGCUCCCUAAAGUGAUAUUAGUAAGGAGUGCUAGAAGAGAAGGCUUAAUCAGAGCCAGAAUGAAGGCCAUCGAAUAUUCCACCGGUUCAGUUUUAGUUUUUCUUGAUAGUCAUUGCGAAUGCAUCAAAGGAUGGCUUGAACCUCUUCUAGAUCGGAUAGCCAAAGAUCCAAAAACAGUAGUUAGUCCAGCCGUGGAUCUCAUCAACGAUAAUACUUUCCAAUAUACACCUCAGCGUGCAAAUGAUUUACGCAUUGGAGGAUUUAACUGGAAUUUGAAAUUUAUUUGGAUGCUUAUGCCAUAUAAAACACAACUGAAACGACUGAACCCUGCUGCUCCAAUAAAAACUCCUACAAUAUCUGGAGGUCUUUUUGCUAUAGAUAAAGAAUUUUUUGAAAAAAUAGGACUGUAUGAUGAAGAAUUAGAUACAUGGGGUGGAGAAAAUCUAGAAUUGUCUUUUAAAACGUGGAUGUGUGGUGGGAAUUUAGAAAUAGUACCAUGCUCUCAUGUAGGCCAUGUCUUCAGGAAGAAGAUACCAUAUGACAAAGAAGAUGCAUCUUUGAAUAGGAAUCUAUUGCGCGUAGCAGAGGUAUGGAUGGAUGAUUACAAAAAAUACUUCCUCGAAAGAAUAGGUAACCCCAGGAUAUAUCUUAAGGACGUAAGCGAUCGUAAAAAGCUGCGUGAUGAUUUAAACUGCAAAUCUUUUCAAUGGUACUUGAACAAUGUUUAUCCGCAGUUGGAAAUACCUGAUAAAUAUGUUGCAAGUGGCAUAAUUUAUAACAUAGGACAAAGACUAUGUUUAGACAUGUCGAUAUUUGACGGCGAUAUAAAGUUUCUUGUACAAGCACUACCUUGCCAUUAUGGAGGUGGUAAUCAAUAUUGGAUAUACACAAAGCAGGGUCACAUCAAAAGAGACGAAUAUUGUUUGGAAUAUACAGGAAAAGUUUUGCAAAUAUUUCUUUGCGACGGAAGUUUUGAUCAUCAAAGAUGGCUUUACAACAACAUGACCCGCCAUAUUAAACACGUAAAAACUAAAAAGUGUCUACAAAUAUCGAAAUAUGCCAAUCAAAACUCCGACUUCGAUUUUACAAUAACAGUUGAUCAAUGUGCGUCUCCAAGCUUACCAUUGCAACAGUGGGCGAUGCAGAGAUUUAUAUCUGAAAGAUUAGAUCCUAUUUUGUAUACCCACUGAUUAACCUCCAACGUUGACACAAACACAAUACUUAGUGCUGGUUCUUCGUUCACUUCUCGAAUCGAUUCGAAGUGAGAUGCAGCGAACCAAUCACAUUGCAGUGUGGUUG